UACAGGAAAAAUAAAAACAAGGACACUUGAACACAAUACCAAUAAAAUAAAAAAAACUGUCUUUUUUUAAAUAAAAAUAAACAAUAAACCAUGAAGAAGUCACAGGAAGAGCUUAACAGAGCUCCCCAGGUAACGGGCAUAGCACCGACGAAGAAUUCGAUGAUGACGGGAAAGAAUAAAAGAAAAUUGCAAUGCUCUCCAUUUUCGAGGCUGAACAGACUGAAGUUCGUGUCUGCGGAACAGCUACCCAUCGCUACCAGGGACUACGGAUUAAUGCGAUCCACCAAUAAGUCAUCGACUCCAUUUCCGCGAGCCGAUCAAGGAGUCGAUGCCACUUUGCUGAAGGCUCGGCUCAACAUGCGUCGUGAUUUCGAGAGUAGGCGAACUGAUGUCCAUAAAUCCCCGAAAAAGACAGAGAAAGACAGCGCUAGUAUCAGUGAUGCGGAAUCCCACGACAUUGAUCAUUCCAGCUUUCGAAAUAACUCAAGGCCCUCGGUCAGCGUUUUUCGUCGUUCUUCAACUGGGAAGGAUAACUACAAGGAGUUACUAUCCCUCGGCACUCCACAUCCCAAAAAGGGCGUGGCCCUGAAUGCUAGGGCACUGACCAGGCGACUAACAGACAUAAAUGAUCUUCUCAAGAUGCAAAUGGGUCCUAGCGAACAUUCAAUGAUAAAUACGCCUCAAAGGUCGAUGAAGCCGAAGAAAAAAAAGGUCCUCAUGUCGAUAACCACCGACAGUAUUGAUGCGAUAAUUCCUGACAAAGACGAGCCAAAUGGGGAGCUGGUCAGUAGGGAAAUGAGUCGGCGUUUGACCCAAAUUGACUACGAUGCCUCGCAAAGCUCGCUAAGCGCCGAGUUCCUGGAGCCAGAGCUCAGUUUUGCUGAGCGAAGGCGGCUAUUUCAAGAAGGCGAGUUCACAAUUGCGAAAUAUGGCCGAAAAAUGAGCGAUGUGAUGAUGGCGGCCCCGCCUGUAAACGAAUCGGUAGAAGACAAUAGUAUGCAGUUCGCACAGAAAGCCAAGGAGGAGCUGGAGACAUAUAUGAGAUCGCAAGGCCUGAUCAAGAUCUCCCACGAUCAGGUCACCAUGACCCGGAAUAUGAACCGUGGAUCAGCGCGAGUAAGCCCAUCGGAUUCGGGGGUACUUCCACGGGAGAACGACUCCAAUCGGAAUACCAAGCAACGCAAAUCUGUUACCACUCGAACCGAAAAUGAUUUAAUGUAUCUUGGCUAGCAGGAUUGCCGAAGGAUGUUAAAUUGCUAAAUUCAUUCACCUCCAGCAAUUCGGCUAGUUAGAGGAACAAGACUUCGUUAUGGUAUCGGAAUUAAUUCAAAGUAUUUUCGAGAUUGUAUUGUGUAAAAUUUUGGUCAACUUCUUUCACUCAAUACAUAUUUAAAACAUAUAGUCAA